ACACGCCUGAGACAUCAGCCAGUGACGUCAUCACUGCGUGCCACACAGCACGCUUUAACAGAAUGCUGAACUAAUGAGGUUUUUGUAGUUUUUUGGGCUCGUCUCGCGCUGAACAUGUCGGUGUUUCACGACGAGGUGGAGAUCGAAGACUUCGAGUAUGACGAGGAGACGGAGACGUACUACUUCCCGUGUCCCUGCGGGGACAGGUUCGCUGUAACUAAGGUAAGUACCCCAAGCUAA